UGCACCUGGGAUUCUCUCGCAGGUUUGACUCUUGCUUCUUCUCUACUCCGCCGCGCGCCGCCACUGCUCCGGUCUCUAGGGGUCAAGGUUUGCGAAUUCUCGUUCGGGUUUAGUUCCUGUUGGAGUUGAUGGGGGAGGUUCUGGAUCCUGCGUCGGGUUUUUGGGUGAUUGGUGCGCCGGAAUUAGGAUCGAUGGGGAGUCCUUGGCUCGUCGGUGGCUCUAGGAUCAAGGAUCGAUGGGACAUGGUCCGUGAGAUGAAUUUUUGUUCUAGACUGGUUUUGAGUGUUCAGUUGUCGCUGCUGGUUUUGGAAUGAGGAUUGGAUUUGGCGGUUCGGUGUCCUAGGAUCGAGGAUCAAACGAAUAUCGUUGCCUUUUUCUGGUGUGUUGGUGGCCGUGCGUGUAACUUGUUCGACUGAUUUCUUACUAGAGGUACUAUGAUACGGGGAUGGACCACGUGUGCGUUUCAGUUGGAAGGUGACAGCUAGUUCAAUUCCUGGCCAAGGAUACAUGGAAUUACUGAAAAAAUUCUUCUUCAUUCUCAGUUUCUUUUCUAUCUCCCGAUUCUACCUGCUAAUAUUUUUUUUAGUUUCCGGCUACUUUGUGAAGAAAGGAUUUGCUGUCUUAUUAUUCUGAUGUACACCCUUGCCACCUAAUGUGUUUCAUAGUUUACUCUUUGCUCACCACGAUCUAAUCUAUGCAGGGACUCAAUUUGUGGGGAAUCUGUGAAUCUUUCAUGCGUCUGAAACAUGAGAAGAUUCUUUUUCUUUGGGUCCUCCGCUGCAAAUGCAGGUGAGGAAAAUGGGACACCGGGCAAUGAUAGCAAGACCAAGCAUAAAUAUACACUGGAGGCAGGAGAUGAGGGCAAGGGAAGUUCUGGUUCCUGCAGCACAAGGUUGUCAAGAUCCAGAAGCCAUCGUCAAAAGCGGAAUAAGGAGGAACCAGGCAAUCCAAAGCAGCUCAGGAGAUCCAUGUCAUUCUCAUCCCCGGCCAGAAACAGAUGCUUGGACGAACGAUGCUUUAGCUUCUCUGGUGAUGUUCCAUGCUCAUUGUAUGAUGAAUCCGAUGCACCUCAGCAUCCCAAAGACGCCGUUCCCAACAUGUGGUCACCAGAAAGAAAUCUAGUAUUGAGAGAAUAUGCAAUAAAGAUCCCUAAAGAACAUUCUGCCAUGGAAAAUGAUUCUCCUCGUUCAAGAUGUUGUUCAUGCUCAGCAGGGCACUCUCCUGUUAGCUCUCCCAUUGCUCUUCGAUGCAGGCCAACAAGAGUAAGCAAUUUAUUAAACAAGAAUGAAGUACUAGAUCGAUACAUUGAUAGAGUGCAUGAAGAUGCAACGGUAAAUGAGAAACAGAAGCAGUACUCCUCUGCCAUAUCUAUGGUUUCUAAUUUGGGAAGGCCACCUCGACCCCAACCAACAGUACCAUCUAUACCAAAGUCAACAAAAGAUACUACAGAGAGCUACCUAGAUGUGGACUUAAAAGAUGCCUGCCUUCGGCAAAUUGCUCAAGAAGGUAGGGGAGAUACCUGCAAGAUUACAGUUAUGUGCAAUGCAGGUAGAAACCACAUAAGCAUGUCGGAUGCUUUUGAGAGAGAAAGUACUACUUCUGUUGAAGAUAUUUAUGAAGAUUUUCCAGAUGUGAGACCUCCAAGUGUUAUUUGUCCCUCCACUUCUCCUACUUCAGGGGAGGAAGAAACUGAUGACAUGUUGCUUCAUAGAGCUAAAGAAGUUGAGUCAAGAUUUAUUGUUCCUUGUGGAGAAGAAUAUGAAUUCAGCAUGCUCAGAGAUAAGCGAAUGAGCUCAAAUGACAUGCUUCAAUUGAUCCAGCAAUUGACAGAAGAUAGGAAACAAUUAGCACAUGAACUGUCUUCACAGAUCAAGGUGCGUGUUGCAGAAAGAUUUUCUGCCAAAGAGCAAUACAAGCAAUUAAAGAAAGAGUUAGAUACCAGAACUAGGAGGCUGGAGAAGGAGAAGAGUGAAAUACAAACUACACUUGAGAGAGAGAUGGACAGAAGGUCACAUGAUUGGUCUGUCAGACUUUCAAGAUUUCAAUCUGAAGAAGAGAGACUACAUGGACGGGUGAGAGAGCUUGCAGAGCAAAAUGUCUCAUUUCAGAGAGAAGUUACUUUUCUAGAAGCAAACAAGGCUGAAGCUUCAACUAAAGCUGCAAGUUUGGAAGUGCAAAACAGCAAACUAAAUGAUGAUCUAGAGAAACUCAGAAUGGAGCAUGAGAAGCUCCAAAAUUCCUCAGUAGAUUUGCAUGCUCGUUUUGCUGAGGUCGUGGAGGAAAGGGACCACAUCCGGGAAUACUUGAAGGACAAGGAGGGAGAGAACAAAGCAUGUCACAAAGUGAUUGCAAGACUACAAACAACAUGUAACGAACUGGAAAGGACAAUUACAGGCCUGAGACAAGGAUGUACAGCUGAAUUAGAUAAGAAAUUUGUUGAGUGCGCCAGUGAUAAAACUAGGAAAUUGCAAAUGGAACUUAUUAGACUGACAGGGGUGGAGCAAAAGUUGAGAGGGGAAAUUCGAUCAUGUCAUCUUGAAGUAGAGUCCCUCAGACAAGAGAAUAUUACACUCUUAAAUCGUAUGCAAGGUGCUGGAAAUGGAGCAAGCUUCUGCUCAAUUCGCCUUGACCAAGAGCUUCAGGCUAGAGUGGCCAGUUUACAGAUGCAAGGCUUGUCAUUACUUGAUAAGAUUAGCCAACUUUGCACCAAAUUGUUGGAUUUGAUCAAACACAAGAAACAUGAAAAUGAAUCUUUCAGUGGCAAUGAUGUGUUAACAAUCAGUGAUUACACUUUUGAGUACCAGAGCAUCAAAGGAGGAACUGAAAGUCUGAAGCGAAGUUUGAAGACAAUCAAUUAUGUACUAAGUGAAAAGCUAAAUGUACAACAAAAAUCUGGUGAGAUUGCUGGAAGUAGUCCUUCCAGGGAGCAAAUGGAUGAUUUUGAACUCAAGCUGAAAGAAGAGGCUAUGCUGAGCAGAGUACUAAAAGAGGCAGUCUUGUCAAAGGAACUUGACAUUGAACAACUGGAAGCGGAUCUAGCAUCUUCACUUCGUCUCCAAGAUGUUAUGAGAAACGAGAUCCAGAGAGUUCAGGAUGAACUUUCUUGCAUCACCCACAAGGCUAAGCAGUUAGAGCUUCAGGUAUCCAAGAAGGAUGAAGCAAUGAAUGAGAUACAACAGGAUUUCCAAGAAUAUGCAAAGGAGCUUGCCGCUCUCCGCAGGACUCUAGAAACAGUGACCGAGGAGAGGGACCUGUCGUGGCAGGAAGCAAAGCAGCUGAGAAGAAACAUCAGCAUCAUGCAGAAUGAGGUGGUUUCACUGAAGAAGAAGAUCGAAGCCCUGGACGAAGACAUACUUCUCAAGGAGGGGCAGAUCACAAUACUGCAGGACAGCAUCGAGAAGCCAUUCGACAUCAUCUGCAGCCCCAGGUCGAUGAGGGAGUUUGGCAUGGAAUGAAGUGUGUGACGCCAAGAACAUUUUGUUUUUUACAGCAUGCAUAUGAUCCUUUGAGAUAUUAUGUUUAUUUCCUUAAAGACAGAUGCUUGUGAAUAGGUCGUUCAUAAGCUUCUACAGUGUCUACGUGCAGUACACCAUAGUGGCUUGUUUUGCUACUCAGUGGCCCGGUUUACACCAUUUGUAAAGCGUGCAUAACAUGGGAUAUGUUAAAAAGUAGUCCUUGUCCUGUUACCGUCA